AGGCGAGGUGUUUGGUGCUUCUGUCAUUGACCUAUAGUGUUUGUUCCCAGUCUCUGUUUCCAUGCCCUGUUGACGCCGGCGUGCGGAAUAUUCCUCUCUGUGUCUCUUCACCUCCUCAAGCCUAGGAUGCAUCGGAUAUAAAACACACAGACACACACACGCACACACACACAAGACACACUCACACACCAGCCAUGGGGAAAGAUCAGGAAUUACUCCAAGCUGUCAAAAGCGAAGAUGUGCCUGCAGUACAGAAGAUUUUGCAACGGCCCAAACAAGGCAAAGCGAAGCUUCUGGGAUCUGCAAAGAGAGUGAAUGUGAACUAUCAAGACCUAGAUGGGUUUUCUGCUCUGCACCAUGCUGCCCUCAACGGGAAUACCGAGCUCAUCUCUCUGUUGAUCGAAUCCCAAGCCACGGUCGAUAUUAAGGACAACAAAGCAAUGAGACCGUUACACUAUGCAGCGUGGCAGGGGAAGGCAGAGCCAAUGAAAAUGCUUCUGAAGGCAGCUUCGAGUGUCAACUCACAGUCGGAGGAAGGGCAGAUCCCGCUCCACCUUGCUGCUCAGCACGGACACUACGAAGUGUCUGAGAUGCUGUUGCAACAUCAGUCAAACCCAUGUAUAGUCGAUGUCGCUGGAAAGACACCCUUGGACUUGGCCUGUGAAUUUGGCAGAGUUGGGGUGGUUCAGCUACUUCUAAGCAGCAACAUGUGUGCUGCUCUCCUUGAAGCAAAGCCCGGAGACAUCACCGACCCCAAUGGCACCAGCCCGCUACACUUGGCUGCUAAGAAUGGACAUAUCGACAUCAUAAGACUCCUCUUGCAGGCCGGAAUAGAUAUCAACCGCCAGACAAAAGCAGGAACAGCACUGCAUGAAGCAGCACUGUGCGGGAAGACCGACGUAGUCCGCUUGCUCUUAGAAGGUGGAGUUAAUGCACAUAUCAAGAACACCUACAACCAGACUGCCCUGGACAUUGUUCACCAAUUCACAGCAACACAAGCAAGCAAAGAAAUCAAGCAAAUGCUCAGAGAUGCCUCAGCUGCCCUGCAGGUCAGGGCAGUAAAGGACUACUGUAACAACUAUGACCUGACCAGCCUUAACGUGAAGACGGGAGAUGUUAUUACAGUUCUAGAACAGCAUCCUGAUGGGAGAUGGAAAGGCUGUAUCCAUGACAACAGAACUGGCAAUGAUAGAGUGGGUUACUUCCCAUCAUCUAUUGCGGAGGUGAUAAACAAGAGAUCAGGUUCUUGGGACGCAGUUUCUCAUGCUCACAGUUCCCAGCAAUAUCACAAGAUACAGCUCACGGCCUAUGGCACUGCAAUUGUCAAUGGGGACUCCACUCAUCAUUUUAACUCCCUGCUGCCUCCCCCUCCACCUCCUCCUUACCAUCAUCAGCCACUUUUCAGUUCCUUUGGUUAUCACAGAACCAGUAGCAAUAUAGAAGAAUUACCUCAUGGACAAGGUUCCCGAGGCUCCGAAUCAAGUCCUUCCCAUCUGUCUCCAGUGCAACCAACCACCACCCCAUCGGAGGAAAUCUGGGUGCUACGGAAGCCAUUUGCAGGUGGAGACCGCAGCAAUGCAGGAAGUACAGGAAGUGUGGCCAGUGCUCGGAGUUCUGGGAGCGGCCAAAGUGCAGGCACCACCACUGCAGCCUCGGGUUCCGAUGGGAGUAAGUUACUGCAAGUGGUUCUCACCCAGAAAGGAUCUGCUCCAGAAACAGCAGCAGAUGACGGAGCUGCCAAAUCUGAGCACGCUGCAGGAGUUGUUCGGCCUCAGAGUGCAGCCAGCUGCCCUGUAGCAGAGCAACCUUAUGGCGAGCCUCAGCUGAAGAAGACAGAGUCACUAUCAGAAGCAAAGAGCCCAGAGACAGUUUUUAACUGGCUCAGUGAAUUCCAACUCCAGCAGUAUGCUGCUAACUUUAUCAAUGCUGGCUAUGACAUUCCAACCAUCAGCCGCAUGACCCCUGAGGCUCCCGUCUCCAUUCAGCCUCCUUCAGCUAAGAAGGAGGAUGAAUGUCGAGCACGUGAUGGACUUCUCCUCAACUUUGGCACCAGCUCAGUCGACAGGAGGCGUGCAGCCUCAGGGGCAAGACAUUCUAAGCCAGACUUACCUCCCCCAAAGGAUCUAACAGCAAUUGGAGUAACAAAACCUGGACAUAGGAAAAAGAUUGCCAUUGAAAUAAAUCGCCUGAAUAUCUCAGAGUGGUUGCCCGACUACCAACCAAAUGAUCUGAUGGAAUGGCUCUCAAUCAUUGGCCUUGCUCAAUAUUACAAGACACUCGUGGAGAAUGGUUAUGAAAACAUUGAGUUUAUCACUGACAUCACCUGGGAGGACCUUCAGGAAAUUGGCAUCACAAAGUUGGGUCAUCAGAAGAAGUUUAUGCUCGCGGUGAAGAAGCUGGCCGAAAUCCAACGAGCUUCCAGGUACGACUCAGGCACCCUGAAGAAGAAAGCCCCGCAGUCAUUGGAGAUUGUGGCCAUCGAGUCUCCUCAGGGCGAGAAUGCCGAAUGCCAGUCUCCCAAAAUGUCCACCUUCCAAGACAGUGAGUUGAGCAACGAGUUGCAAGUAGCUAUGACCAGCGCCAGCGAGGCCAAGGACCAAAGGCAAGUGGGCAACCAUGCGGCACCUGCUCCGGAAAGCACAGCGCACCACCCGCCAGGGGCUGGCCAGGAAGGCGACAAUGGCAGCGGGAGCAAGGCCAAGGCAAAUGGCAGCACUCCAGAUAUGCCAGGAGCCGGGAACCACCUGCAGAGAGCCGCCCUGUCCAAAAGCCAGGAGAACCUGGACGCGCCCAGCCACCGACCUGGCUUCGUCGACCACCUCGGCCCCGCCAAGCGGGCACACCGCCAAGGGGUACAGAGGGCCAGCGUGCCCCCAGCACCCGGGAAACCAAGGGGACCCUUGCCCCACGGGCACCACCAAGCCAUGGUCUCCAUGUCCACCUUCACCCCGCCGCAGACACCGACCAAGCCCGGGCCUUGCUCGCCUCAGACCCUCAACGUGCCCCAGGCCACGGCCAAGGUCAAGCCCAUCCCGCAGCUGCUGCAGGCCGAGCGCCCCAUGUCGCCGCGCUCGCCCACCCACCGGGGCUUCGCCUACGUGAUCCCGCAGCCGGCCGAGGCCGCCGAGGGCACGCCGGUGGUGCCGGUGCUGCGCCUGCCGCCGCCUCAGGCCGACGAGGCGGCGGCCUCCCACCACGACCCGGCCAGGCCCAAGAAACGGGCCCACAGCCUGAGCCGCUACGCCGUGUCGGACAGCGAGCAGGAGAAGGACGAGCUGACCGUACCCGACGCCGGACCCUACGCCACCAUCCAGCGGCGGGUAGCCAGGAGUCACUCGGCCCGGGCCCCGCCGCCCGCCGACGCCGGCGUCAACCGGAGCCAGUCGUUCGCGCUGAGGCCGAGGAAGAAAGGGCCGCCGCCGCCGCCCCCCAAGCGCUCCAGCUCCGCCAUCUCCAGCACUAACCUGGCCGACGACCUGUCACGACCCGGCACCUGCGAGGAGGCGGCGGCGGCCGAUGACCAGCGGCGGGCCAGCGGCCCCGGAGCGGUGGAGACGGGCAGCGCGGGAAGCGUCCGCUCCAUCGCCGCCAUGUUGGAGCUGUCGUCGAUCGGCGGCGGGGCGCGGGCCCUGUCGCUGCGCCGCUCCUUCAAGGGGCAGAAGCUUCUGGAAGGCGGCGGCGGGGGUGCGGGCGCCGCCGUCGCCGCCGAGCCCGCCCGGGUGGCGGUGGCCACGCCGCUGGCGGCCGCCGUGAAGCGCGGGCCCCGCGACGCCAUCGGCCUAGACGGCGAGGUGAUCAACCGGCGAAGGACCAUCAGCGGCCCCGUCACCGGGCUGAUCGCGGCCGCCCGGCGCGACAAGGCGGAGGCCGAGGCGGCCCGCGAAGGUCCGGCCGAGAGCCUGCCGUUCGCCGAGGAAGGCAACCUGACCAUCAAGCAGCGGCCGCGGCAGCCCGGCGCCCCCAAGGCCGAGGCCGACAUGAGGCCUCCGCCCUCGGGCCUGACGCCUUUCGAGCUGAGGAGAACCAAGGCCAGGCCCGGCCAGGAGGCGGCCGCCUUCCACCUCAUCGAGUCGAGCACGGUGAAGCGGAGGCCGAAAGCCCGGGGAGCCGAGUCGCCGCCGCCGCCCGACGCCCAGCUCCACAACGGCACCACCGCCUUCAAGAGGAGGCCCGCGUCCGACAUGGCCGAGGGCGAGACCUACCCGAGCUUCCUCACCGUCGGGGACCUGCCGCGGAGGAACAGCGAGCAGGGCCCGCAGGCGGCCAACGGCGAGGCCCGGAGACCCGUCAAACCGCCCGUGUCCCCCAAGCCAUCCAUCAGCCAGCCGGCCAAGAGGCCUGGGCCGCCGCCGGCCACUCGGAAGUCUCCGCUGCCCGGCGCUGCUAGUCCAGAGAUAAAGCGUGCACCACCUCCUGUGUCCCCUAAACCGAUUCUACCUCCCCCUCUGACUCCACCCAAGCCCAUCAAACCCCACACUAUUCUUCAGUCACUGAGUGCUGGUCCAACUCCAGUCCCUUCUCCCGCCAAGCAACCAACUAUCAAGGCAGCAAGUACACCAGCAUCCCUGUGCUCAAGCCCAGCUAAACCGAUUGCUGCUGGUCCACCACAACAGGUCCCGGUUAAACCACCAAGGUCUUCGAUAUCCGGGCCAUCCGUAGAGAUGGCCACAACAGAUGUAGCACAAAUGAAGCUCGAGGAAACCAGCGCAUCGCUGGCAGCCGCUUUACAGGCCGUGGAGGAGAAGAUUAAGCACGACGAGGGGCAGGAGGCAGAGACUGCCUCUGAGGUGAAGAGCACAGGCAGCAUUCUGGACGACAUCGGCAGUAUGUUUGAUGACUUGGCUGAUCAACUGGAUGCCAUGUUGGAAUGAAGAAAGAGAAGAAAGACGGCAGGAAAACCUCAGGACUCAAUGUGGGCACAAUGAUCUUUGAAAUCCUACCCAGACCAGUCUUGGACACAAUCUCCCUUCGUGAACUCAUUUGAUUUUGUUUUGGUUUGCACAAUUCACCAAACAAAAGAAGUUUAUAUUACCUCAGGAUCUGACUGUGUGAAGAUCUGUGAAAUCACUGUCAUCAUCUUUCAAGGAAAAACGAAGUCUCAAGAUUUGGAUUUGAAGCUGAAACAGAGAUGGGAGGUUGAACUGUUUUAAUAUCGACCUGAGAUCUUGCAAAUGUGAAAAUGUCUAAUCUCCUAAAGUUAAAGUUAAAAAAAAGUGUGUUAAUGCAAGAUCUAGUAUAUGUACACUGUAAGCAUGAGAAAUAAGAUAGGUUUGUAAAACAUCCAUCGCAGUCGAUGGAAACCUAAACAAGUGCACAAGGACUUCGUUGAAUUGUGGCUUUAAAUUUCAAGUCAUUUUUCCCCCUGGGUACAAUGCCAGUGACAGAAACAGGUGGGAUUUAAGCUGGCCUGUUUAUAAUACUUUCUGAUUAAUAGCUUAAUGCAAUGGUAGCAUAGCGGUUAAAUUACUGGACAAUGUUUGACGGGAGGCACAAGUUCAAAUCUCACCACAGCGUCUAGGGAAGAUGGAAUUAAAUAAAAAGCAAAUAUCAGUAAUGGUGAUCAUGAAACAAUCUGAUUGUCAUAAAAGCCCAUCUGGUUCACUGAUCUCCUUAAAGUAAUGAAAUCCCAGUCUGGGCUAUGUGUUAUUCCAGACCACCACCAAUGUGAUUGACUCGUGACCGCCCACUUAAUGACCCAGAAACUCAUUCAGUUCAGAGACAUCUAGGGAUGGGCAAUAACUAAUAAGCCUGUGAAUGAAUACAUUUAAAAAAAUGUAUUUGUUAGUUUUGUCAAUUAAAUGACACAGAAGUUUAAAACAGAAUGCAGUAGCUUCUGUGGAGAGAGAAACCCAGUUAACAUUUCAGACUUUUUGUGAGAUUUGAUGUGGGUGAUUGAGUGACUAGUGACAGAAAUACUAGCAUUUCUAUAUUGACUUUCAUGACCCCGGGCCAACACAAAGUGCUCUACACCCAAUGAAAUGCUUUUGGAAGCCUAGUCACUGUUGUAAUGUGAGAACAUUGUAUCUAUAAGGACAUUUGAUGAAGGAUUAACACAAUUGAUUAAGAAGGAAUUAUGGUUAAGAAUCAGAUAGAGCUAGAGAGCUGCCUUGAAUAAAUAAUUGAUAAGUACUACACCAGGACGCUAUCGGAUUUGAUAUUUGUUUCUGGAUUUGGAAGCUGUACUCAGUUGGCUUAGGGCCCCCAGAAAGCAGAACUAUUUGGUCAAAUGUCCUGCUCCUCGUCUCUGUCCUAUGUCUCCUAUUGGCAAAUCCGCUUACAACAGCCUUGAGGACACCUUCAUUGCCACAGAUGAUUACUUUGCACCAUUCGUUGUAUGGGGUCACAAGCGGACAGUGAUUGCUUAGGUGGGUGGCAGGGACAGUAGCACCUUCCAGAGGGAAAUCACAAAUGAAAACAUACUGAUCAAGAAAUACGAAAAAACAGCUCUCAAAUAAAUAAAAAAUACUGCCCAUCUGUAGAGAAAAAUGAGAAAUUUGCAUUUAUAUAGCACCUUUCACGGAAUCAGAUCAUCUUGAAGCAUUUUACAGCCAAUGCAAUACCUUUUGAAGAAUGGUCACUGUUGUAGCAAAUGUGGCAGUCAAUUUGCGUUUAGCAAGACCCACAAACAGCAAUAUGAUAAUGACCAGAUAAUCGGUUUCUAAAUGGCCGUGAGUUUGGGGAGAACUUCCCUGCCUGUUCAGAAUUGUGCCAUUUAUAUCAGCCUGAGAGAGCAGAUUGGAUCUCACCUCCAUCUGGUGCAAUACUCCCCCGAUAUAUCCCAGAGAUUGUUAACCUGUCUAUUUGUGUAAUCCAUAUUUUUUUUAGGGGUGGUUGGUUUGGUGAAUAAGUUAAGCCAGAAUAAAAUGUCUAAAUAAAGUAUAUAAAAUAUUUUGAAAUCAUCUCAUUGGAAUUCAAAAAUUAAUUUAAGGUCAAUACGAAAAGAAAGUGAAAGCUAAUUUUCAGUGUCAGUAGGUAAAAAGCUUUUCCCACAGAAACAGUGAGCCACAAGUAGAAAAGAAUAAUGAGACAGCAGUCAAGGAUCUUUUAACAGAGUUGUUUCAGAGUUAGAAUCAGGCUUGGGUCAGCAGAAUGGCACUGAGCAUUGGUCAGUCCUUUGCACCCAGUCCAGUAAGUUAUGGAAUCCAACAUCUCAUUGUCUUUUUGUUCAUGAUUUUUCUACAUCUGGGCUUAAUGAUGAAUGAUUUUGCUUUCUUCCUCUGGAGGUUUGCAACACACCUAAACAAUGCUGUCAUCAACUAGGUAACUCCAUCUCUCAACUAUAUUAGACUGGGUUAAAUAAUAUUAAACUGGAUUCAUUAUUGUUGUUCCAAGCCAGGUUGGAAGGGUGCAUUUUCUCAUUCUAAACAGUUUGGGUUUUUUCCUUCUCUCAUGGAAUUAUGACUGUCACAGGCAAGCUUGGAAUUUAUUGAGGAGAUGGUGGCCUGCCACCACAAUCUGUGUGAUGAAGAACAUGAGAUUUUGAAGCAGGAAUAGGCCAUUUGUUAUUCCCACAGUGCUGUUGGACAGGGAGAUUUAUUGCUGUGCAUGUGCAAAGUAGUUUAACUGGCAGCAGAACUUUAAUAAGGAAAGAGCUUGCAUCGAUAUAGCACCUUUUGCCUCCUCAGAAUGCCCCAAAGUGCUUUAAAUCCAAGUAAUUAUGUUUGAAAUGUAGUCACUGGCAUAAUGUAGAAAACAAGGCAGCCAAUUUGUAGAUAGCAAAGUCUCAGAAGCAUCAGUGACCUAAGUAACCUGAUAAUGUACUUUUAGCUGUUGGAUGAGGAAAAAGUCUUAGCCAGGUUUUUAGGGAGAUGUUUCCAUCUUUUACAGCCAUCUGAGAGGCCAGACAGUUUCUCAGGUUAGCGUCCCAUCAGAUAGACAGCAGUUCAGACAGUGCUGUGCUCCCUCAAUACUGCAGUGCAAUGAUUGUCAUCCUGGAUUAUAUCCUCUGGUCUGCAGAGUGAGAUUGAAGCUGUGGCUAUCAGAUAGAGGCCAUUUAGCCACAGAUGACACAUUGAGAAAAAUUACAUCUGUUUUGGUGAAGCUGACUGAGAGAUAAAUAUUUGCCAGAACAUCAAGGAGAAUAAUCCUGCUCAAUUUCUAGAUAGUGCCAUGGAAUCUGUUGUGUCCAAUUGAGAGAGCAGAAAGGGCCUCAAUUUAAAAGUUAUCAUUCUGAAAAUGCAGUGCACCCUCACUAUUGCCGUGGGAAUAUACCUGCUGAAUGAAUGUCUCCAUCAGAAGUAUCCAUUGAGAAUAAUGGCUUUCUCUGGGUAUAGUUUCCAUGCCCACAGCAGUUCAAACCCAUUUGUUCAACACUCUUACUGCUGGCCUCAAAUGUUACUGUCCUCUUUGAAAUUGAUGGGGCUCAUCCAGUAAAGCAGGUUAUAUGUCAAUGUUGGUAACAGGGAGAGGUUUUCAAGCUCUAUCACUGCCAGAGAAACUGUAUUGCCAAAGUUCCACAUGGCUUUGGUUUGCCAAGGCAGAAGAUAUGAGAUCAUCCACUAUCCAUUAGUAUAUAAAGCUUUAUUAAAAAAAAGAUUUUAACUGGUUGUUUUUGGUAAAUUCAAAUCGUAUACUUGACAUGCAUUUAUGAUUUUCAAGCUGUUAUUCAAUAUAUAUGAAGUUGUUAGAUUCACUAGGUCAACUCAAAAUUUUGACAUAUACAUAAUCCAUCCAAAAAAGGUGCUUUUGUUAUAUUCUCUGUUUUUGCCAGGAGCCCCUGUUGCACAAAUUCCAACAGUUCAAGGUCCUAAAGAGCUGAGGAGCAACUCGUAUUUUUACACACUGACCUAAUGUCAUGUCAUCAGGCCACCACUGUAUUACUGUAGGCAUUUGUAAUGAGAUGCCUUUGGUAGAAGUAAUUUCUCAUUAAUCUGUACAAUCAGUCUAGCAAGGAAAUGAAGUGAAACUCUAAAGAAUGGCCCGUCAGUCUCCAGAUUUCUCCAUGUUCUGAGUUCACUCCCUUGUGUGCUGGUAUCUGUUUAUUUGACAUCUCUAACAAUAUGACAGGUUAAAAUGGAGUCACACAAGGCUUUGUUACAUAGUACUUUUCUAUUGCUUCCAACAUAUUUACAGAUUGGACGUGCCAAGUGGAUGUGCCCUUAGAUUUAAAUCAUUUGCCUUCGUCUUAUUGGUUGAGAUUGUCAGAUUAACUUUCCAUGAGGCGUGAAUGGGUCGAAGUGUCUUGUCUGGUCUGUUUUCACACUGAGUGGUUUAGAGUGGAGACAACUAAUGAUGCAAAACUCAAGGCAGAGCAGUAUGCAGUCAGUUAUUGCCAUUCCCCACCUUAAAGUGUUAAGUACAAGUAGAACAUUAUAUAUAAUAUAUAUUGUGUAUAUAUAUGUUAUACACACAAACAAACAUACAUUACUUAAGUUCCCUGGUUGGGAUGUAGGCUCAAAGAUCCCAAAGGGCUUUAGCACAGGUUCUAGUUGCACCAGCUGGUAAGGCUAUGUGGAAGCUUAAAGAUUUUCAACCAGAUAUGCCAGUUCCAGAUGUGCAUCUUCUGCCUCCCUGUGGCAAGAAUUACACAUUACAAAAAAAAAGAAAUCCAUAUCCAUAAAAUGUGUAAAAGUGUGCACAAUAGAAGUUAUAAAGUGAAUUGUUGGGCUUUCUGAAAAUCCACAUCACUUUCCUUUUAAGAAAAAAGAAAUAUUUAAAAUAUUUGUGAAUGCUCCUGUUCACAGAUGAGAGAUUUUACUGACCCAAAAUUCUAUAUUAAAUUAUAUAUUAAGAUGAUUUACUCUAGCACAAGCUGAAAAUAACACUCCUGUAAAAUUCCACUUUAUUUUGAAGCCAUUUUUAAAUAAGAUAUAUAUAAAUGAUGUUUUUAAAUUGUCAUUUUAAUUUUGUUGAUUAUUUUUCUUUUGGUGUUUUUAAUGUUGAAGCAGAACAUUGUAUGCAUUUUUUUAAAUGAACAAUGACGUGCCUUGUUUACGUUGAAGAUUUCUUUUGUUAAUUGCUUUAUGAUAUUGAGUUGUAUUUUGAAUUUUAGUUGUAUGGGUGUUCGGGUAGAACACGCCUACUGUAAUAACAAAUGUACAAACCGUGUAUAAAGUCUGGGGUAAUGCCUGAAUUACAAUGAAUGCGUCUGCCUGUGGUUUGAAAAACAAGUGUCAAUUGUAAUUCUCGGAUUUGAGCUAUUAAUUGUCUUAUAUUGUGUCCAAUGACCCAGUGUGUUUGUCGAAGUUUUGAAAUUUCUUCAAAGCCUGAAAAAUUGCCGAUGUAAAUUGUAAAAAAAAGUAACAAAAAAUUUAGAAAUCCCAUAAAAAUUGUAUGACUGUUAUAUUUUUAUUAAGUUAUGAAACUGUAUUGUAUUUCCAUUAUGUAAAGCUAUGCAUCUUGACGCUUCAUGCUAUUCCGUGCGCUACUGAAAGUGAUUAAUGUUGUUGGGUGUGUCGUGGUGUUCGAAGAGGAUUCCAUUUCUUGUUGGUUUCGCCUGCAAGAAGCAACUUCGAUCUUACAGAAAGUUAGAAGGAGAGACAUUUGUCCACUCAAUGUAUUCCGGGAACCUGGUUUAUUUUUAUCUUGUAAAAAAGGGACAUGUUUUCAAUGGAUUUCCUCAAGUGGGCUGGUUGCAAAAUGUGUUCAUCCUGUUGACUCUGCCAAUGACUGUAUCAUAACCAUCAUGACAGGCAUGUGGCAGUGUUGUGCUUGACUGAUUGCAUUUACUGCCAUUGGCUCUAAAUAAAUGUUAAAAGGGCA